UCCGGCCGACCAGCAGCGCCAUCGCACCGCACCGCCGCACCACCCCUGCCAUCCCACGCAGCUGACGUACGCGGCGUCCGUGCACCUCGCCGCGCGUCGACAUCGCGAGAGACAGCCGUCUGCCGCCUUCAACCCUCCGCCGCAUACUCGGGUCCAGUGGCCCUCGCCCCGCCACACUGCACCUGCCUCUGACCGCGAGGACGCAUUAUCGGCCCGUGCGCUGCCCCUUGCUGCCGCGACCUGCGCGAUCGAUACUGCCGCAGGUUCGCCGCGUUUUUUCCAGCGACUUCCGCCGCUUGUAGUGAUGAGCUCAGUGACGAGGAUGAGACGACGGCGCACGUGACGCCUUGGCUUGACGUCGUGCCUCUCUCGCCGCGCGUGCAUCGCAAAAUGCCCCUCGUUCUCUCUCUCGCCUCCCCCCCUGCGAUUUCUCCCAAAUGCCCUCUCCUUUCGCGCCGAUCACGCCUUGCCGCCAAUGGCUACUUGCCACGUCGAACAGCCGAACCAACUCCAGAGCUGGCGGCGCCGAAAGUUGGCGGGAUACCGUGGCGUGGGGAAGUGGCGGGUCGGAUAAUGACGUCAGCCGCUUGGGGGAGUGAGCGGUGGUGCGUUGGAGAGCGAGAAGCGCAUCGGAGGACAGGGGGAAGGAUAGCGGCGAGCGCGGGGGUGGAGGAAAGGGGAUGUGAGGAGGCGAGGGGGGAGGGCGAGGAGGGGGUGGAGGGCGAGGAGGGGGUGGAGGGCGGUGAGCCGGGGGGUGGUAGGAAGGAGCGGGAGAGGGGAGGCGGAGGGAGGGAGAGUGGGAGAGAUGGGGAGGAGGCGGAAACAGAGGGAGGCGGAUGGGAGGGGGAUGUGGAGGGCAAGUGUGGCAGCAGUAAUGGUGACGCUGGGGGCAUUUGCGCGGCGCGGUUCAAAUACAUGAUGGUGCUGGCGUACGACGGCACGGACUUCUACGUCCAGGCUGGCAGCGGCAGGCGCAUCGCCCCACGGUGCAGGGCGCGGUGGAGGCGGCGCUGGGGACGUACACCAAGGAGAGCCGCGACGCGCUGGCCGUGCUGGGGGCCUCGCGCACCGACGCUGGUGUGCAUGCCUGGGGGCAGGCAGGGAAAGGUGGAGCGCGGAUGUGCAGGCGGUCAGAUGGGACGCGAGGGCGCGACAAGGGACGAGGUGACGAGGGACGAGGUGACGAGGGAGAAGCUAGUGAUUGUGACGCACUGCCUCUGUCUGGAUGGAUGGUUUUGGAUCUGCAGGGAAGUGUGCGCUUUUAACUCUCUUCCUCUGCGCACUCCUUCCCGUCCCUCCCUCCGUUCCCAGGUAGCCCACUUCACCACCACCUCCCCCAUAUGCGACCUCCCACGCAUGCACCGCGCCCUCAACGCCCUGCUCCCCCCGGCCAUCCGUGUGCGCUCCCUGCGCCCUGUGCCCCGCUCCUUCCACGCGCGCCUGCUGCCCGUGGGCAAGCGCUACCACUACAGCGUGCUCAACUCCCGCGUGCCGCACCUGCUGCCGCACCGCCGCGCCACCGUCCUCAGCUACACCCGGGGCCUGCUGGACCGGGGGCGCAUGGCGGAGGGCGCCAGGCUGUUCGUGGGGCGGCGCAACUUUGGCGCGUUUGCAAACGCGUGCGAGGCGAAGGAGAAGGGUGCUGUGAGGGAGAUCACGCGGUUUGAGCUGGUGGGGGAGACGGACUGCUGGCUGGGCGCGGUGGACCCGGGGGAGCAGUCGCCAGUGUUCCGUUUUGAGGUGGAGGGCACGGGCUUCCUCUACCGCCAGGUCCGCAACAUGGUGGGCCUACUGCUCCAAAUAGGAGUGGGCGCUCUGCCCCCCGCCAUAGUCACGGACUUGCUGCUCUCUGGGGACCGGCGCCAGCUGGCACGGGUGGCGGCCACGGCCAAGGCGCAGGGGCUGGCGCUCAUGCGCGUGGACUACCCCCCCAGCGCGCUCGUUGCGCCGCCUGGCUCCCCGCCGCCCAGCCUGAGUUACUUUGAGCCGUGAAGUGUUGGCCCUCACUGGCACGGCACAUGGUACUCAUGCCCUCAUGUGAGCUUCCUUCUCUGAUCAGGCCAGGGACAUGCGGCUACGACUAAUCACAUCAGUGCUGAUCCCUGGGUUCAAGACUGGUUCGCGUUGCGGCUUCAACAUCGAUAUCAUGCAUCAGAUUGCUUUUCGAUUAGGAAUGAGCGCAUGCAUACAUGGGUUUAUAAUAGAGAUCACAUACAAAGAAGGUGGAAUUGUCCUAUCCUAUCUUCAGCCUUUAUUAGAUAACAAGAGAUACGUUUAGAA